ACGGUCCAAAACGCGGUUUUUUUACACCUUUACAACGCGGAAAUUAUCGGUUCGUUGUUUUAAAAAACCCUUACAAUGCCGCCGCAUAUGCGAUGCGGCCUUGUUUUCUAGAAUGAUGAAGUAGGAAAAUGUAAUGUUGGUAAUUCAAGAUUAAUUAGAUGAUCUUUUGGCCUGUAGAGGGUUCAACAGAAACACUGAAAAAAGCAGAUAGUGAAUACAAAGGGCAUCGAUCACUAUUAAUGCGAACACGGAACUUGCUUUCCACAAUGCAGCGUCAGGACGUUAUUGACCGCAUCAUCAUUGUUGUUGGGUUUUUCUUAUUCUCUCUAGCUGUUGCAUACGUUGUUUCAAAGCGCAUUGGAAUAUUGAAGCUGCAGCGAUUAGUUAUUGCAUCUAUUAAAUCGGGUGUGGUUAGAAGAGCUGGUGUUAGGCAACAACCAGCUGCUAACGGACUUGAUGUAUUGCAACAUGACAUUGUACCUCCUACAAUUGGGGCGAACCCUGCGGAGCAUGUCUUGAAUGAAGAACUUUGAAAGGCUUUUUAAGUUAUCUCUCCAUAUUUUGUAGUAUUUUGAAGUAUAUUUUGUAGAGUACCACCAUUCUGUCGAAAAUCGAAACAUUUUUCCCCUCUCAAUUUC